AUGGAAUUAAUCAUGUAAGUCUGUUUAGGUACAUGGUAUGGAGUAUUAUCUCUCAUACUUAUUGUUAUUUGGUAAUAAAUUUAAUUCAUUCUAGGACAUUUUAAUCUAUUGCUUUUUCUUGGAGAAGUUUAGAUCGAUUAAGUAAAUUAUCUGCUUAACUUACAGAACUUAAAAUAUCUAAUUAAAUUAUUUUUAAAUUAAAUUAAGUUAUAGUAAUACUUAUAUUCGAUCAUUAAAGUAUUCUAUUAAAGCUUUUGAUUAAUUAUGUGUUGAUAAAUUCUGUAAAAUUUGCAUUUAGUAACGAUUAUUCUUUCUUAUUUUAAUUUAUAGAAUAGACUUUUUAAUAUUCCUUAUUCUAUUUCAAGUAAUUUGGAUUAUUAUUUAUCAAAAAUUAAUAACAUCGUAUUAAUUUACCUAAAGUUCUUAUAGUUCCUUAUUGCUAUUUUUUUAAAUGAAGCAUAAUUAUGAUCUCAGUAUACUCACAAAUCCUCGACUCUAUUUAUAUAUUGUAAAUUAUUUAGGUUUGAUAUAAAUUUAAAAUAGUACAAGAUUAAUAGGAUUGCAUCCAUACUUUCGAUUCGAGUAAUAUCAAAUUUUCGUUAUUUUUAGGGAUGUGAAAUAAGAAUUUGGUAAUUAAAAUCCUUAAUUUUGGAUCUUUUAUUUUUAUUUUACCUGAAUUAAUAUUAUUAGGUUGCAUCAUUCCUGUUUUCAUAUUUUUAUUAAUUAAUAGAAAUAAUCUAGAUAAAUUAAACUGAGAAAACACACAUUUGUUCUUUACUCAAUGAAUACUAGAAUUAAAAUAAUUUUUGGGAAUAAAUCAAAAAUUAAAAAACCUUUUACGAUGCUUGCUUUGAAUAAAUUUUGAAACCAAAAUUUGAAAUUCAAAUUUUAUUCAAAGCUUACCUUUUAGGACUAUGCUAAUUAAUUUAUUAAAAUUAGCAGUUAAAUUAAUUACCAUUUAUUACAAAAUUUUUUAAUUCUUUAAAUUUGAAAGAUGGUCGAAUUUGUUCGAUUGUAAUUUUUCUGGCUGCGAUCAAAUAUAUAUGUGAAUCAAAAAAUAUCGAUUAUGCCUAAAAUUAACGAAUCUAAUUCUCUAAAAAAGUUUUAUUAAGUUACAGAAUCAAUUAAGUUAAUAAUUCAAUUCAUUAUAAAGCCAAAGUAAAUAAUCAAACUAUUGAAUAAAUCUUGUCUUUAGAACAUCAAUUAUUUUCUGAUAAUUUUCAAAAAGUUCAAAGUGAGGCUAGAUUAUUGGUUAGUAUUAUUAAAUCUUUUCUCUUUAUUAGUUUUCAAAGCUUAAUUUAAGCAAUUUAUAAUCUUUGA